AUGGUGUCCCAAAAGGCUGUGGCUGCCCUGCUGGUGGUGCACGUGGCUGCCAUGCUCGCCUCCCAGAUGGAAGCCUUUGUUCCUAUCUUCACCUACAGCGAAAUCCGGAGGAUGCAGGAAAGGGAGCGGAACAAUGGGCAAAAGAAAUUGCUGAGUGUGCAGCAGAGGUCUGAGAAGGCGAGGUCUCUGGACCCGGCAGAGUCCAUGCAGGAAGAAGAAAGCAAAGUUAUCAAGCUGACUGCUCCUGUGGAAAUUGGAAUGAGGAUGGACUCCAGGCAGCUGGAAAAGUACCAGGCCGCCCUGGAAGGGCUGCUGAGUGAGAUGCUGCUGUCUACCCAAAUGGUAUGGGGGUGGGGUGUCCUCUGCCCACCCUGGUAUUGAUAUUCGAGGAGCGCCAUCUGAGCAGGGUUUAGGGACAGCGAUUUGUUUUUCUGC